CCGGAGCGAAGCCGUUUAGUAAGAAGGGGGCAGUUAAACUCGUCCCUCUGGUGGCUUCAACUCUGACCCUGAGGCACUGCAGCAAAGAGCCAUUGCCUACAAGUCUCCAAAGCUUGCCUUUGACUCAGAUGGAGCGCAGAGAAGCCACUGGGAAAGAGAACAUGGGCACCAAGAAAAAGAAUCUGACCUUCUUGAGGCCCAGGCUCUAUAUGCUGGAGAGAAGGAAGACCGACACAGUGGUUGACAGCAGUGUUUCUGGGGACCACUCUGGUACCUUGAGGAGGAGCCAAUCUGACAGGACCGAAUACAACCAGAAACUACAAGAAAAGAUGACUCCACAGGCCGGGGCUUCUGCCACUGAGACCCUAACUCAGGAGGAGCAUCAGAUGCAGAGAAUGAUGGCAAAGCGUUCGAAAAUCAUCAAGGAGCUGAUACAGACGGAAAAAGACUACCUCAAUGAUCUCGAGCUGUGCAUUAGGGAAGUGGUUCAGCCCUUGAGAAAUAAACAGAUUGAUCGGCUGGACGUGGAUAGCUUGUUUAGCAACAUUGAAUCCGUGCAUCAGAUAUCAGCCAAGCUGCUGUCAUUGUUGGAAGAGGCCACAACAGACGUGGAACCGGCCAUGCAAGUAAUCGGAGAAGUGUUCUUGCAGAUUAAAGGACCACUGGAAGAUAUUUAUAAAGUCUACUGCUACCACCAUGAUGAGGCACACAGCGUACUGGAAUCCUAUGAAAAGGAAGAAGAGCUGAAGCAACAUUUGAGCCACUGUAUCCAGUCCUUAAAGUAAGGCCUUUUCAAAUGAUGAUUUCCAUGCCUAGCAGGGAACAUUUUAACUGGAUGUGGAUGAAAGUUCCCACAUAAAUCCUACAUUUGAUGAGGCUUGCUGGGAGCUCUACUUUGUGUUCCUUUUAUGAAAAGCUGACAUGCCAGAAACCCUGAUUGACUUUUUCCUCCCCCCUGUGAGCAUGACUAAAAAUAACAUCGGGGAUGAUUUGGGGCUCUGUAGAGAGAGAAAAAUGCAGUAUCAAAAAAUGAAACGUGGAAGAAAAGGCUCUUCUUAAAGCUGUUGUUACCUGCCUGCCCCCAC